CUUCCAGUUGGUGCACUGCGUGUCGAGUUUUCCCAGCCUGUGAACCUGGAAGAAGUGGCAAGAAUAAACCCAGAGGUCAAAGCAGGAGGUCAUUUUGCUCCAAAGGACUGUGUAGCACUUCAGAAAGUAGCAAUAAUCAUACCGUUCAGGAACCGAGAGGAACACCUGAAGUACUGGCUCUAUUACCUGCACCCAAUUCUCCAAAGGCAGCAACUAGAUUAUGGAGUAUAUGUUAUCAACCAGGAUGGAGAAGAAGAAUUUAACCGUGCUAAACUGCUGAAUAUAGGAUUCACAGAGGCUUUGAAAGAGUAUGACUAUGAUUGCUUUGUGUUUAGUGACGUAGACCUCAUCCCAAUGGAUGACAGGAACACCUACAAAUGUUACAGCCAGCCACGGCACCUCUCUGUAUCCAUGGAUAAAUUUGGAUUUCGGUUGCCUUACAAUCAGUAUUUUGGAGGUGUGUCUGCCUUGAGCAAAGAGCAGUUCACAAAGAUCAAUGGCUUCCCAAACAAUUAUUGGGGCUGGGGUGGCGAAGAUGACGACAUUUAUAACAGGCUGGUGUUUAAAGGCAUGGGGAUAUCCCGACCAGAUGCUGUCAUUGGGAAGUGCAGAAUGAUUCGGCAUUCCCGGGACCGGAAGAAUGAACCCAACCCCGAGAGGUUUGACCGAAUUGCGCAUACAAGGGAGACAAUGAGCUCUGACGGCUUAAAUACACUAUCCUACAAGGUGUUAAGAACUGACAAGUACCCUCUGUAUACAAAGAUCACAGUGGAUAUUGGCUCGCCAAAUAGCUAACAUCACAGACACAAGAGACACCAUGCCUAUGUUGCCCAGGACAUCUGGCCUCAAGGAUGCUUUAUAUCUGCUGGUUUUAUAACAGUUGCAAUGAACAACAAAAAAAGGCCUCUUUUGGCAUGCCAAAGCGUCUCCAAAUUUAUUGGACA